AUGAAUCGUCCUAAAUCUCGAAGUAAACGCUCCAAGGUCUCACUUGUUCGGAGCCAGAGCUGUAGGAGUGAUAUGGAUUUAAGCGACGACAGCAGUUCGCUCCAUGUUUCUGUUCGUAGUGGAAGCGAUUCUCCUGCAAAUGAUGCGAAGUCACCCCCCAAUAUUGAUGAGACUGGGACGUUAUCAGACUCAACCACUGAUGUUCUGUCCUCUGUUGAAAUCAGGAAGCUUCGAAUUCGAAAUGGAUUUAAUGUCGACCAAUAUGAGUCCCUUCACAAAGACAAACGUGGUGAACCUAAAUCUGUUGUUUCUGAGGUAUCCAUAAGCCCAGGGAGAGGUACUAAUAGUCCAAUCAAUGAUCAGUCGACCAACCUCAGCAAAUCUACGAAGCUGCAUAAAAGCGCUUCCACGUCUUCUGAAGUACCAGACAGUUCCUCGGAAUCACCAAAAUUGGUGAAAAAUAAGGCACUGGAUGUUGAUCUUCCGCCGUUUGAGGAAUCUAUCAUCGAGGGUUUCUCCAUUAUGGCUUUCAAUACGUCAUCGGAAAUGGAGCUGUUUUUUGUACGUCUUCUUGAAGAGUAUAAGUCUAGAGUAUAG